GCCGGGCCGGGCCGCUCCGUGCGCUCCGCUCCGCUCCGGCGGGGCCAUGGCCACCCUGCGCCGGGACGGCCGCGUCACCGCCCUGCAGCGCCUGGGCUGCGCCGGGCUGGCGGGCGCGCUCAGCCUCAGCCUGACAGCGCCGCUGGAGCUGCUGACGGUGCUGGCGCAGGUGGGCACCUGGCACUGCCGGCGGGGGCUGCGCGAUGCCGGGCGCAGCCUGUGCCGCACCGAGGGCGUACGGGCCCUCUGGAAGGGGAACCUCACGGCCUGCUUGCGCCUCUGCCCCUACAGCGCCCUGCAGCUCGCCGCCUCCCGCCGACUCGUUACCCUUUUCAUGGAUGAGCUGGGCCAUAUUUCCCACUGGAGAGCCAUCAUGGCAGGCAGCCUGGCUGGCAUGGUGGCCACCACCGUGACGUACCCCAGCGACGUGGUUAAAACCCGGCUCAUCGUGCAGAACCGGCUGGAGCCGUCCUACCAAGGCAUUCUCCACGCCUUUUACAAGAUCUAUCACCAGGAGGGGCUCCGUGCACUCUACCGGGGUGUUUCACCAGCAAUAUUAGGUGCUGUUCCAUUUUCUGCAGGCUCAUUCUUUGUUUACAUCAGUCUGGACACAAUCUGGCAAGAACCCAUCGUUCGUUUCACUCCUCUUCAGAACUUUGUAAAUGGCUGUGUAGCAGCUGCUGUGGCACAGACACUUUCUUUCCCCUUUGAGACUGUCAAGAGGAAGAUGCAGGCCCAGAGUCCUUGGCUUCCCCACUAUGGAGGAGUUGAUGUCCAUUUCACUGGCAUGGCUGACUGCUUCCGGCAAACUGUGAAGCACAAAGGUGUGCUUGGGCUUUGGAGAGGACUCACACCCAGUCUGCUCAAGAUUGUGCCAUACUUUGGUGUUAUGUUUAGCACCUUUGAAUUCUGCAAGCGGGUUUGUCUCUACAGAAAUGGUUAUAUUCAAUCUCCUUUAAAUUACAAGCUAACACCUGGUGUUGACCAGAGCUUACACCCACAAGAACUGAGAGAAUUAAAGCUCCUCCGAAGGGAAAAUUUUGAGCCGAGGAAAUCAGCACUUGAAAACUGACAUCAGAGUGUCCACUGCAGAUACAGAAAUACCUUUGCAAGAAAGACAUGCUGAGCUACAGGUACUGACAUUUCAGUGGACUUCAGUGAGACACCUGUGACAGGAAAAAAUAAAUCUGUAUUGUAUUUGCUGAAUGGAUUUAAAGAAUAUGUCUGGCAAGCACAUACUGAAGAGGAAAGAUGCAACUAGUUUGAAAACUCUGUACUACUGAAUUUGAAAUGGCAUUAUUUUAGGUGCUUUUUAAAACUGAAUAGCCAUUUGAGAUUAAACCAGGUGCAGAAAGGCAAGAGAAUAGAGAUGGGAGUAUAAAUUGUCUCCAAAAGCAUUAAGAAAAUGGAUUUGCUUAAAGCAAUCUGAGAUACCAAGUCAGCCAAAAAUAAUAAAACAGAAUAAAACAUAUGCAACAUGCAAGAAUUUCUACUGAAAUCUCCAGGGUUUUUAGUGAUACUGUGUGGACAUGGCAUUCUACAGAGUCAGAAUUAGUCUUAGUUCAGAAACACUCCCAGAUCCACUCCUUAGUUUUUGAGAUGUACUUGAGAAUAAUAUUUUUAUCUGAAUCUCCAGCACAAAGAUGAAUGUAUGCUGCUGCAGCUGUGCUUUUGCUAAGACAGAACUGUAAUGUGCAAAAUGGACUGUAAUAUACUGGAAUGACAAUCUUGCAAACUUAAGUGCAUACUCAAAAAUAUUCCUCCCUUUCUCGUGCAUUGUUACUGCAUGUAUGUGAAUUACUUCACACUUUGAAAAAUAAUUUCCUGAAGUCCUCUAACUGAAAUGUUUCCUGGAAAAUGCAGUUCUUAAAUGUGUUAGAUAUUUCAGAGCCAUAAACUCUGUCAUGUUGUUUAGGUACUUUUAAAGCUCUAUUUUUUUAUUAAACCACUUUUAGUUCCAGUGCACAGA